GGGUGGAGGAGGAGGAAAGGGAUUGGAUUUAUUUGUGGCACAGGGAGAGAGGGUGAAAGGCAGACUGUCUGCCUGUGUGAGUGAGUGAGCUAGCUGCCUCUUGGUGAUUCCGUGCACAGCCAGCAGCCUGAUGUCUUGGCCAGAGCUUGCCCCUUCCUCCUGGGUUCCGAAAGCCUUCAUCCUGAGUGCGCUGCUGGUCUCUGCUGUGGCUUCAGAUCUCCGAGUGUGUGGCAAGAAUGAUUACCACUAUGAGUACACAGAAUGUGACAACACUGGGUCCCGGUGGAGAGUUGCCAUUCCUAAAUCUCCAGGGACGUGCACUGGAUUGCCUGAGCCAAUCAAAGGCAGAGAAUGCUCCUUUUCUUGUGGAUCUGGGGAGUUUCUGGAACUACAAAACCAGAGCUGCAGUAAAUGUGCAGCAGGGAGUUACUCACUGGGGAGUGGCAUUCGAUUUGACGAUUGGGAUACGAUGCCAGUUGGAUUCUCAACUGCAGCAGCCUUUUUUGAUGAGUUUGGAAAGAGUAUUACCAGUAGUGACAAUUGCAAAUUAUCCUCUUGGGUUCCCCGAGGACGUUAUAUUGCUUCAAACAGGGAUGAUUGCACAGUUUCCCUCAUCUACUCCGUACACCUGAAGAAAUCAGGAAGUGUUACAUUUGAUUAUCAAUAUCUGGAUAACUCUAUCUUCUUUGAAUUUUUUGUACAAAAUGAUCGGUGUCAGGAUACAGAAAUGGCAGAACAAAAAUGGAUGCCCAAAACAGAAAGGGAUGAAUGGAAAAAUUAUUCAAUGGAUUUGAAUACUGGGACAAAUGUCCUAUACUGGAGGACCACAGGAAUUAUGUUGGGUACGAAAAUAACCAAUCCAGUUCUCUUGAAAAACAUCCAUAUUGAAGGUGUAGCCUAUACUUCAGAAUGUUUCCUGUGUAAACCGGGAACGUUUAGUGAUACUGCUGGUUCCUCAGUCUGUAAGCCCUGUCCUCGAAAUAUGUUUUCUGGAAGAGGAGCCAGUUCCUGUCAGAAAUGUGAUGAAACCAAACAGUUUUCAGAAGAAGGAUCCAGUGAGUGCAAAGACCGCCCACCGUGUACAGAGAAAGACUAUUUUCAGAUACAUACACGAUGUGACAAUGAGAGAAAGACUCAGAUCAUGUAUAAGUGGAUAACACCGAAGCUUUGUAGGGAGGAUAUGAAAAAUGCCGUCCAGCUCCCUCCAUCUGGAGAGAAGAAGCCUUGCCCACCGUGUAACCCUGGUUUCUACAACAAUGAGACUUCAGUCUGUGCCCCCUGCCCUACGGGUACAUUCUCAGAUGGAAUGAGUCCAUGUAAACAGUGCCCAGCUGGUACAGAGCCCACGCUGGGCUUUGAGUAUAAAUGGUGGAACACUUUACCAGCGAAUAUGAAAACUUCAUGCUUCAAUGUUGGAAAUUCUAUGUGUGACGGAAUGAAUGGGUGGGAGGUAGCAGGUGAUCACAUUCACAGUGCGGUCGGAGGCUCUGAUAAUGACUACCUGAUCUUAAAUCUCCACAUUCCCAGCUUCAGCCCACCGACUUCAUCAGCACAUUCCAAUGGGAUGGAAGUGGGGAGGAUGACCUUUAUUUUUGAGACCCGCUGUACUGGAGACUGUCAGUUAUACUUCAUGGUGGAUAUAAACAGAAAGACGACAAGUGUUGUUGAAUCUUGGGAAGGUACUAAAGAGCGACAAUCAUACGCUCAUGUCUUAACGAAGAAUGUACCAAUUACUUACACUUGGGCUUUCCAACGAUCGAGUUCUCCUCAAGAGAUCAGAAAGUUUGUGAAUGAUAAUGUAAAGAUCUACUCCAUCACGGUGAGCAAUGCGGAAAAUGGUGUGUCUUCACAUUGCCGGCCUUGUGCCCUUGGCCCUGAUCAGCAGAGUUCUUCCUGUGUGCCUUGUCCAGUUGGACACUAUAUUGAGAAAGAGACAAAUCAGUGCAAGGAAUGUCCUCCAGAUACCUAUCUGUCAGCUCAUCACGCGUAUGGUAUAGAGGCAUGCAUCCCCUGUGGACCGGGCAGCAAAAGUGAUAAGGAUCACUCUAUUUGUUUCAGCGAUUGUUCACUUACACACAUGUUGGAGAAUCGGACUCUAACAUUUGAGCUCAGCAAUAUCAGUGGUGUGGCUUCCUUCAUGAAUGGACCCAGUUUCACCUCAAGAGGAACAAAGUAUUACCAUUUUUUUAACAUUAGCUUAUGUGGGAAUGAGGGGAAAAAGAUAGCCAUUUGCUCUGAUAAUGUAACUGAUGUAACGGCCCAGGAUGUACACAGCGAUCCCAAUGAAUUGAGCAAUUCUGUUGCUUCUUUUGUCUGUCAAUCGACGAUUAUUCCCUCAGAUGGGAGGAGUUUCCGAACUGCACUGUCAUCUCAGUCUAUCAGUCUGGCCGACGCCUUUCUAGGAGCAACUGUUGAAACAUCCAUUCAAAAUAUUACUGCAAGACCAGAGUUCUUUCCUGCCCCUACAAACCACGUACCUGACAUCCAUUUCUUCUACAUGUCAUCUCUGUCAACAGCAUCAUGUGAAAAUGGCCGUGGAACAGUCAUAACAAUAAGAUGUGAUCCAGGAAAGGAUGGGCAAGGAGAAAUCUCUGUACCAAGUGGCUGUCCGGGUGGGACAUGUGAUGGAUGCACAUUCCUCUUUCUGUGGGAAACUGUCCAAGCCUGUCCACUCUGCACAACAGCUGACUACCAUGCAAUCGAGGGAGCUUGCAAAGGGGGUCUUCAGGAAACCACGUACGUAUGGAAGGAGCCGAAAGUGUGCAGCAAAGGUGUCAAACUUCCUGCAAAAAGCAUCAGCAACUGUGAGAUGAUAGAUUUUUGGCUGAAAGUUGUUGUAGGAAUUGGAGCUUUUACUGCAGUGCUGCUGGUGAUAUUAACCUGUUAUUUCUGGAAAAAGAACAAGAAGUUAGAGUACAAAUACUCGAGACUGGUGAUGAACACAAACUCGAGGGAAGUGGAACUCCCUGCAGCUGACAGCUGUGCUAUAAUGGAAGGUGAAGAUAAUGAAGAUGAAAUUGUUUAUUCCAAUAAACCUUCCUUACUGGGGAAACUGAAAUCAUUAACUUCAAAGGACAAAGAAGAUAUUUUUGAGUCUGUUCAACUCAAGUCACCAAGAGCUCGCAAUAUAUGAAGAUGGAAAAGUUGGCUACGGAAAUGUUGGCAGUAAUCCCUACAACAAAGCGUGUGUACCAGCUUGAACCAUGAAGACAUCACAAGUACUACUGUACCUGAAAUACUACUGAAAAGAAACGUUUGCAAAUAGGAACAGUGUGAUUGCCUUAUUGUGCUAAUUGUAGGGAGUAUCAGGUGUAAGUUGCCAAAUGUGAUAGACACUGCUGGUUGCCUAACUGACAACAUAAAUCUCAGGAAGAGCUUAUAUUCAUUCUUUUUACUAUGUCACCAAUAUAAUUGGACAUGUUAUUUUUCUUUUACCAUUUGUGUGGUUUGCUAAGUUAUUUUUCUUUAUUCCCUUGUUUCUCCUUGCAGUUAACUGCAUUACUUUAUUUCCCAAAUUUUCAAUAUAGCUGCAUUGAGCUGUAUACUGCAACAGUAAGUUCCAUAAUUUAAAGUGAUGGAUUUAAACUCUGGAUUAUGUUUAUAAUGUACAAAGCAGCAGGUAAGUCAGUGUCUCAAUGAUGAAAAUAACCUUGUAAUGUUUACAAGACUGUGAGCAUCACAUUAUUUUCUAAAAGUCCAGGGAUCAGAGUUCGAUUCCACCUCAGGAGACGGUCUCUGUGGAGUUCGCACAUUCUCCCAGUGUCUGUGUGGGUUUCCUCCAGGUGCUCCAGUUCCCUCCCAUAGUCCAAAGAUAUGCAGCUUAGAUGGAUUGGCCAUGGGAAAUUGACAAUACUGUGCAGGGAUGUGCAGGCUAGGGGAGUUGGGUUUAACUAUAGGAAAUGUGUGGUUACAAGGAUGUUUGGGGUCUGGGUGGGAUGCUGUUCGCAGGGUUGGUGUGGACUUGAUGGGUCAAAUGGUCUGCUUCCACACUGAAGGGAUUCUAUGAUUCUAUGAAGGAUUCUGUGAAAAACCCUCUAACACUAUCUCAUCUUAUCUUGGCUUGAUAAAACUCUUUUUGUAUUGGGAAGGUUAAACUUCCUGGAGUGUGCAUUGAACAUGAUUCAGUCUGUAUGUUAUUACAGAAAUUGAACAUUUGUUGCAAAUACCUAACAGACUGUUUAAAGUGUUGGUGUUGGGCUGUGAGAGCUGAUGCUAAAUCAUUUCUUCACUUCCAAUGGUUUUAGUUGACACUUGCUCAUUGUGCCCUCUUGUGGCUGAUGCAAGGUAUAGCCGGUCCAUGGUGUUCCCUGAAAGUCAUUUGCAGCCUGUUAUUUUAAUCACCAUCCUUUAUGACAUUUUACACGUUAUUUCUGUAAUGUUUACUAAUGCUUCAUUAUUUUCAAUUGUUGACAAUGGAAAAAGUAAUGCUGCAGAGUUGACCACAUUCAAUGUAUCAGUCAAAGACUGACUUGUUUUUAGUAACUGCACAGAAACACAGGCUUGUAGCUCUUUGAGAAAAGUUACUGAAACAAGGACCCAGUUUUUAAUGCUUUGUCUGUUGUAACUGUGAUCACUGUCAGAAGUCACUAAGGGUUGGGGCAGGAUGUUGCUAGGAUGAAACAGGCAUUGGACUGUGUUACCAAAGGGAGCAGAAAAACAUUGUCACAUUUUUAAAAUUCAGUGUAUAAAGUGCAUAGUGAAUUAAUUGAUUUCUGUACAGGCUGUGUAAAAAUUGAUCUCUGCAUUAAAGAAACAUUAUGGAAAGUUUAAUAGAUAGUUUUGCUACAACAGGGAACUGCUUAAUAACUGAAGAAAGAUUCUGAAGAAGUCGUAUCAGACUCAAAAACUUAACCUCGUUUUCUCUCCACAGCUGCUACCAGAUCUGCUGAGUUUCUCCAACAAUUUCUGUUUUAGUUUCAUAUUUUACAGCACUGAUUUGCUUUUAUUUAAUUAAUAACACUAUGUGCCCAGGAAAGAUCUUCUACACAGAUUGUUCCUCCCACCAACCAUCAAGUGGCAGCAAGUCUCAUUAAAACCAUUUGCAAAUGUCGGUGAGUGAAUGUAUUAAACAAGUUUUACUUCGUCAAAGUACUGAUCGACAUUACUCCUUUUCCUCUAGAUCUUGGUGAUGUUAUAUUUAGCAGGCAAGCUUAUCGUGUCACAAACUUGUCAACCGAAUCAAAGUUUUGCUUCACUCAUGAGCAAGGCAGAAUAGUCACAACCCACCCGUCAGGUGACCACAGAUACCUUUCGCUUUUAUAUAUAAAAAAAAACAAACUCAGCUAGCCAGGUCAGAAAUCCUUUCCAGGGCAGUGCUGUUUUGUGUAAUCAGAAGGAGUGACCGUGACUUUUGAUCCUCAGUUCUGAACUGUGCAAUGUUUAUGAUAAUAAAUGAUUUAGUGAUUUGAAUUUUUGAAAUUGUGAAGUGGGGGUGCAAUUUUUGAUAUAAAUAUGAGGGUGAAAUGUUUCUUUGUAAUUUUGUGUUUGUUGCAGUUGUAGAUGGAGCACACUGAGGACACAGUGCUGCCGGAUUCCCUUUAGAUUAAAUCAAGGCUCAGUUAAUUUAGGUAUUACAGUGAGUUCGAAAAUUAUAUACAUAAAGAUAUUUUAGUUCAAUGAAUGUCUUUUGACUAAGGGGAGAGGUGUUUUGUUUGUUAUUUAAUAACAUGCUAAUUUGGCUGUAAACUAGAACUGGAAGAUUCAGAAUUUAGAAAAAUAAUUUGAAACUAAUGAACAAACAUCUCAGCACACUUAGAGAACUGGAAAUGAAGAAUGAUAUUUUGAUUAAGUUCAUAGAUUACUUCUCUAAUGCACAUAUUUAACUUCUAGUAAAGCAGUUACUAGUUUUAGUUAGACAUUAAUUGCAAAACGUAAAGCUCAGUUGGUAGGAUAACAAGUUUACAAUAGAGUGACAACAUAGGUUCGAUUCCUACACUGGCUAAUGUUACUAUAAAGGACUCUCCUUCUCAAUCUCUCCCUUCACCUGAAGCAUGGUGAGCCUCAGGUUAAAUCAGUCCCUUCUCUCUCUCUGAGGGAGCAGCCCUAUGGUCCAGUAGGGCUCUGGUGACUUUACCCUUUUACAAAAGAUACUUUUGAGCUGUGCAUAACUAUAUUUUGACACAAGAGGGCAGUGUUUCCACGGUGGAGGUGAUUGGUACAGUAUACUGUGUCUAAGACUAUAUCCUUUUGGCUAAUUGGUCCCUCUGUCCCCACUUUCUCCUUGAGUUUCUGUUCAAGCCUAUUUUCAUUUUGAUCUGUGUAAGAUCUGCACAGAAUCAGCAGCUGGGCAACAUUUUUAAAACAUGGUUCAAUUUUUAGAAAUAUUGUUUUUAAACAAUAUUCCUUAAUGUGCUUGAUAAUUUUGAAGACUUUGAUUAAUACACUUAAAAAUAGAUUUAUUGCAAAAAAUAGCAUUUGAUUCUCGAGAUCAGUUCACCAUUUGUGAUUUUAAAUAUCUGUGCGUACUUUUUAAACACAUACAGAGCUAUUUUGUAAAUUGGGGUGAUCGGUUGUUUUUAAAUUCUUUUUUUAAAUUGAAACCCUUUCAUGACUUACCUAACAGUCACUUUACUCCCAAAGAUUCUGGGGACUGGAGUUUGCUGAAAGAUGCGGUGGGUGGAACCUUGGCAUGGUGAUUUAACUCAGACUGGGGACGUGAUCCUCCUUUUGGGCCAUGUCUUUUUUAAAAACUAGCACAAUAUUUCGGGGAAACUUAAGUUACACUUAAAAUUUUUCUGAUGUGGAGGUGCUGGUGUUGGACUGAGUGAACAAAGUUAAAGAUCAGGUUACAGUCCAACAGGUUUAUUUGGAAGUACCAGCUUUCAGAGCGCUGCUAUUUUGUCAGGUAGCUAGUGGAGUAGGGAUGUGGUGGAGUAAUGAUCUGACUCCACUAGUUACCUGAUGAAGAAGCAGCACUUUGAAAGCUUGCACCAACUGUUGGGCUGUAACCUGGUGUCGUGUGAUUUUUAACUUAAAAUCUCUCAAUGCUUUAUGCUAGUUUGUGCAGAUAUUGCAGAGAAUAGCACCAGGAAAAAUUAUGAGAUUAACUGGGAAAUCCAAGUCAACAUAAAACUCUGUAUCAUUUUAAUUUUUAAAAAAAUUGUGUGCUUAGUUAUAAUAAAUUAGUUUUUUCUGAAUAUUACUUGCACUGUUCGAUAUUAAGUCCACUGCUGGUCAAUUUCUCCAAACACAGUGAAGCAUAAGUAUAUAGAGAAAGAAAGUUUUCUGAAGUACAAAUGUAUGAUGCUAUGUUUAGAGACAGAGGUUACACCAUUUAAAAUUCCUUCCACGUGUUGUACAUUCGAGUUUUUUUUGAGAAUGUGUGCAUUGUUUGUGUAUUUUGGAGUCAUACAUUAUGUGGUUUUUUUUCUGCCAAGUUGUACAGUCUUUGUUAACCACAAUGGUCAUGGUCUUUGCUGUCACCUUUCUUAAAUAAAUGUGAGCAGUUUUGGGA